AUGGGGGCCAAACCGCAAGUUGACACUCAGUUCAACGUCACAUCAGGAUGUCUCUGCUACGGCGACAUUCACAAUGUCUGGCAUGGUACCUCGAGCCCAAUCUGUAAAUUCCCCACCUCCGUUGAACAACACGCCGGCGGGACAGUCACUGCUCAAAUUAUUUCAUUCAAUACCCUUGUCGAGAAAGGCACGGAUCGCCUUUGCGCAUGGUUCGCCUCUCAUGUCGACGUCGACCCAGAGGUAGAAAUCGACAAGAUUCUCAACGUCUCAGGCUCUCCCUAUGAACGCGAUAGCGGAAGUCGAUUGAACGACAAGAAGACGGCCAAGGAAAGCGUUCUUGUCAUCAAUCGGUAUGACUGGGGUUAUUACGAUAAACGCGGGAAGGAAGAACUUGGUAUCGAUGACACCGCUGAAACUGACUGGGCUACGUGGGUGUUUGGCGAGGGAGCAGCACUUGUGGAUUUCGAAAGUGCAAAGACGGAAGUCCUACGAUGGAACGAGAAGAAGCGACAGGAAAGAGACAACUCACCAAAUGGAGUCUGGAUGUUUAUUCCUGGCGGUGAAUACAUGUUUGGCCGUUUUGGGUUCGACGAGGAUCGCUCAGGUGCAAGAUCAUUCCUGUUCUUCACAACGUAUACCAACUUCUGUAGUACGAGCUUUGUUGGGACAGAUCGUGCUCUUCGCGUGGAAGAAACUGAUGAAGAAUGGUUCCAGCGCUGCUUGCGCAAAGAAGGCUACUUUGAGGGCCUGGUUGAAUUGAAACAACAGAUAUCAUGGUUCAACGGGCCAUUGCACCUUCCAGCAGAAUCCGAAUAUCUUGGACCAUAUGACAGCCGUGAGUGUAUUCUCACAAGUACGGACAUUGAUGCUAUUCGGAUUCGGCCAGGGGUGAAAGCCCACGAAUUCGCAGACCCAUUGAAGGAAGAUUGUCUUACAUGUCUAAAUGAGAUGAUCAUGAGCUAUCUGGAGCACUUCAUCGCGCCUGCUUCUUCCCAUAAUACAGUUGUUGCAGCCUGCUGCCUCAUUCCUUACUCGGAUCCGAUUCCUGGCUUCAAUGACCGUGCAGUGGGGAGCAAGAUUAAAAGCUUUCUCAUCCCACGAUGCGAAGACAAGAGUCUUGUCAGAGACGAAAAGUUUAUUGCUGGAAUCUGUGCUUGUAUUGCGUAUCUGCUUUCGGAAGUGUUGGAGUUGGCGAACAAUCAUGCUGGGCGGCGAAGCAAGCUUAUCCCGGUGGACAUACGGCUUGCCGUAUUCAUGGAUACUAAAUUAAGGGAUCUAUUCAAGUAUUCCAGGUUCUUCUGGAAAGGGAACAGUCAGAUUUUUCAAGUAGCUGGAGCUUCUCGCACUACAGAACUCACUCAAACUGCUGAAUGAACUACUGUCACUUCAGUGGCAAUCUCCACAUUUUAUGAUGGAUUCCAUCAAAGCGCUCGGCUGCUGUGAGAGAAAACAAGAACUGUAAAGACGUAGAGAACAAAACAAGCCCAACAUCUGAAAGUGUCAAGCUUCGCAAGAGAGUAUGGAUGGGCAUGUUGAAAUUCUUGCAUAUCUAUAAAGUCAAAGAACAGAACUUUGACCAUCG